GUAAAUUUAAUGGCGGUCGCCGUUCCGAUAUUGUCGUCUGAAAUACUCAGUACAACCAUGCUUUGCUAGAACAUUGUACUGAUAUCGGUUGGUGGACAGACAUUCAGACAUCGCAUGUGUACUCAUACACGAAUAGUUUAAACUACAGUAGCGUGACACUCGUAACUAUCGAUCACACGUGUGCUGAAAGGAACCUAGUAGUAACUACUAGUAACAUUUUGACUGUCGAUUUUCUUUGCGAUGUAUCUAAUUACAUCUUUUGCGAGGAAGGCUGCUAGAAGCUGUUUAACUCUCCACUUAACGAAUGGCUGCAGCACGACAUCAGUCUCGAGCAGGAGAAGCCUCACCACUACCUUGGCAAUGACUUCCACAACAACAAGAACAUUGAGGACAGCAUUUCAGCACAUGUGUACAAGAAACGCCCACAGGCAGUCCGUUUUUCUGAAACGCAUGAACUUAAGACAUUAUUACGGUCGUCAUAACAUGGAACAAGGUCUACCAGAUACGAAUAUUGUUAAAGAUAUAUUGUUGUAUGAAAACAAGAAUUUCGUGUUUUAUCGUGUCAUCGGCAUUACCGCAGUUAUACAAUAUAUACUUUGUCUGUACGCUGCACAUGUUGUGUACAAUGGGAUGAGGGAUACGCGAUAUGCUGAAAUGUCUAUUUAUGGUGAUAAACGACCGCCACCAGAGAAGAGGAAAAAAAUAAGUUAUUUUGGUUUCAAUAUUGAAUUGGGUUCUUCUACAUGGAAAAAUUGCCUAACAGUUGGAUGCGCUGGAUUCGGUGGUCUUAUCAUGGCUGCGAUAUGGAUGUAUUCUAGGCGAAGCGUGCACCAACUGGUUCUCAGAAGGGGAGGUCAGAAUUGUACAGUGGUGCCGUUUGGUUUCUUUGGCAGGCCGUUUCACUUCACAGUACCUGUGAAAAGCAUGUCGUGUCGGCAGACUAGAGAUCAAGUAGAUACUCAUCUACCAAUCAAAAUCAAAAGAUAUAGCUUGUUUUUCCUGCUAGAUAAAAAAGGCAAAUUUUAUAAUGCCAAAUUAUUUGAUUUCACUGUUGGUAUGAGAAGGGUGGUUUAAAACUGAGAAAUGUAAACUUUUUUAAAGUAAAAUAAAAGUUGAAGCAUAAAUACA